AUGCCCACUCCGGAUGAUCCAAUACUAAGCACUCCUUCUGUUGAAGGGGUUGAGACACUCCACACGGCCCAUGUUGAUGCCAAAUCAGACGUCACCUUAGACGGCACACUGAAGCGAUUGCGGAUUUCUGCCGCCUCCAGUUACGAAAGUGAUGCCUAUGAGUUUAUUCCAGUUAACUCCAACAAACCGGUGGUGUUUGUUACACAGAUCGGUAGGUUUGAGGUGUUUGUAAAUAUCCGACACUUCCAGGGGAUGCCAGAGCACGACAAUGGUAGUGUCUACAAUAAAGCAGACCUCUCGGAAGAGGAAAUUGCGAAACAGCCUAACUUAGAGAUCAUCGUGCACUUUACUCCAUCGGCUCCUCUUUCGGGCGAUCAGUUGUUAUUUGGUAACGAUUUCACGUACUCCAUCAAACCUUACAUCCCAACAACCCUCUUGACCGCCGGCUUGAAGUUCUUUUCGUGGUUUAUCGAUGCCUCUACACAAGGAGACGUAACGUCUGACAAGCCUUACAUCUACGGUUCUGCUUUGAGUAGCUUCAACAAGAUUGAUUACGCCGAUAUUAACAAAGAAACGAAAACCACUGGAUCUAGAAUCGAUACGGAGAACUUACACGAGCUCUCUACCCAUGACUUGAAAAUCCCUGAGGCGCCAUCAAAGCGUUCAAAGUUCUUCGCUCAACAGAAGCACCAAGCGCACUUCAGCUACGAAAAAGACAUGACAUACGAGUUUGAGUUUAACACAAACUUUAUCAAACUUCAAGACUCCCAGUUUGCAGUCUCCAUUCCUAUGUAUGGCAGCAGAACGUUCGACGUCAACGUUUUGGACUACUUGAACGAUACUUUCAACAACGUGAAUUUUGUCGUAAAAGCCAAGAGUAAGGAUGGCGUGUACGAUGUUGGAACAGGGAAUUUGGGUGUUGUCAUCAAGUUUGAGCUUUUGUAA